AUGUCUUUAGGAACUUUGUACAGCUUUAAGGAUAAUACAAGAACCGUUUGCUUGCUUGAACUAGCUAAACGUUUGAAUUUGCAAGUUGAUCUUGUUGAGACUUAUCCUCACAAGUUUCCUUCUGACUUGGCUGCCAAAUUUCCUCUUCAAAAGCUUCCAGUAUUUAUUAGUUCCAAUGGCCUAGAAUUGAGUGAACUGUUCGCAAUUUUAAGGUAUUUCUAUGAAAAGGGCAAGCAAAAUGAUACCGAGUCACUUGGUGGAAAGAAUGCAAAGGAAGAGGCCGAAAUCUGGAAGUGGAUUUCAUACGUGAAUACUGAUGUUGUCACUCCUUCCGUCAUUCGUCCUUGGUUGGGCAUGUGUCGAGGUGCAUCUCCUUAUGAAGAAAAGCCUUUUAAGGAAUCUACUGCGAAGGCUUUGGGUGUUUUGAAAAAGUUUAAUGAUAUGUUGGUUGACCGUACCUUUUUGGUUGGUAAUCGCUUUACCCUUGCCGACUUGGUUGCUGGCAGUAUGUUACGCCUUUUCUACCGCUUCAUCGUUGAUCCCGAGCAACGUUCUAAGCUCCCUCAUUUAACCAGAUACUACGUUACCAUGUUUCAUCAGGGUAAUUUAAGUGAAAUCAUUCCCUUGGAAUUGAUUCCUUCAGUAGUUGUUGCAAAAAACUAA